GGCAGAAGUGUCAUGUGUCAGUGUUUGGCCAGAGCGGUCACUCUGUACAGUGGCUUUCUGCAACAGCCGCUUCUCUCUGUAAUGGCUUACCUUGCAGGAAAUCAUGGAAAUCUGACGGAGGAGCAGGUCCACUGCUCCAUCUGUCUGGACGUGUUCACCAACCCUGUCUCCAUACCCUGUGGACACAACUUCUGCCGCUGCUGCAUCCUAGACUACUGGAAGACCACCACCCUGUUCCAAUGCCCCAUGUGCAAGAAGACCUUCUUCAAGCGGCCCGACAUUAGCAUCAAUACCGUCCUGAGGGAGAUCGCUGAGCAAUUUAAGGACAUCCGGGUUAGCAACGCCGAGCGUCUCCAACAGCAGGAACUGAAAGAGGAACGAGAUUUGCAGAAGAAGAUGGAAGAGCAGAAGAAGAAGGAGGAGGAGCAGAAGACGAUGGAGCGGGAAAUGAAGAUGAAAGAACAACAGGAGCUGGUUCAAAAGCAGCAGAAACUUCUCCAGGAGCUGAGACUGAAGCAGGAGAUGCAGAAGCUGCAGCUGCCACAGCUGCAACGAACGACGAGCCAGGAACCGGAGAAACCAAUAGAAGGAAAACCAGGAGAGAAGCCAGAGGGAGAGCCAGAGGAACCUCCAGCCGAUGCUCCUCCAUCCCCACCCCACAGCCCAUGGGGCGAGGUGUCUUGUGAUGUCUGCAUGGGCGACCGGAUGAAGGCCGUCAAAUCCUGCCUGGUGUGUCUGACCUCAUACUGUGAGGAACACAUCAAGAACCACAACACACGCUUCACCAAACACAAGCUGAUCGAACCCGUGACUAACCUGGAAGAGAGGAUGUGUCCCAAGCACGAGAGGCUUCUGGAGCUGUUCUGUAAGAAAGACCAUAUCUGUGUGUGUGUGCUGUGUACGGAGACGGACCACAGAGCUCACUUUACUGUACCUGUAGAGAGGGAGUGGACUGAUAAGAAGGCUCAGCUGAAGAAGACAGAGAUAGAUGUGCAGCAGAUGAUCCAGGAAAGACUGAAGAAGAUGGAGGAGAUCAAGCACUCAGUGGAGCUGAAUAAGUCCAGUGCCCAGAGGGAGAUCGAGGACAGCAUGCAGGUGUUCCAGGAGCUGAUUCGGUCCAUCCAGAGGACCCAGGCGGAGCUGGUGCUGGCUAUAGAGGAAAAGCAGAGAGAGACAGAGAGGUGGUCCCAGGGCCUGAUAGGGGAGCUGGAACAGGAGAUCACUGAACUACAGAGGAGGAAUACAGACCUGGAGCACCUCUCACGCACAGAGGACCACAUCCACUUCCUACAGAGUUUCCCAGCCCUGUGUACCCCUCCAGCCACUAAGGACUGGUCUGGGACCUGUGUACAUACUGAAGUGUGUGUUGGGAUCAUCAGGAGAGCUGUGUCCAAAUUGGAAGAGACGCUGAGUGAGGAAAUUGACAAACUGGUGGACUCUGAGCUGAAGAAGAUUCUUAAGUACACAGUGGACCUGACCCUCGACCCAGACUCAGCCAACCCUUGGCUCCAGCUCUCGGAAGACCGCCGUCAAGUUAGGCACCUGGGAACUUGGCAGGACCUCCCGGACAUCCCAGAGCGUUUCGACACUGUGGUCAUUGUCCUGGGUCGCGAGGGCUUCACCGCGGGACGCCACUACUGGGAGGUCCAGGUGGGGGACAAGGAUGACUGGUACCUAGGCGUGGCCAAGGCAUCAGUCAACAGGAAGGGGCGUAUCGCCGUCAGCUCCUCCCAGGGCUACUGGGCACUGGCCAUGAAGAAAGGCCAGGGAUAUAGGGCCUCCACGACCCCGCCGUUACCUCUAACCCUUGACGCCAAGCCGAAGAGGGUUGGGGUGUAUGUGGAUUGCGAAGAGGGCCAGGUUUCGUUUUACGACGUGAAGGAGAGGAGUCAUAUCUAUACAUUCAUGGAGGACAACUUUAAGGAUAAGUUGUUUCCGUUCUUUUAUCUGUACUGUUGUGAUAAACAGUCGGAUGCCAUGGUGAUCUGUUCGAUCAAUGAAAAGAGUCUGAUCAAGCAAUGCUGAGAAAUACUCUGACAACAACUCUGAAAGACUACAAUUAUGUCUGCAGAAAAUACUGUGACAUAUGAUCUUGGUAGGGAAACGGCAAAACAAUUAUACAUUGACACUUAGCGGUGGCUUAAAGUACCUUGAGGGUGAGUGCCCGACGUCAAUAUCCUUGACCUUAUUGAUAUUUGUUAUGGUGAUAACAAGCUGAUUUAUUUUGUUGUCCAGCACCCCUAGGCCCCUGGUCAGUUGAACCCUGUUGAGAAAGAUUGCAACUCUGGCAACAACUCUGAAAGACUACAAUUCUGUGUGCGGAAAAUAGGGGAGAGUGGGGUAUGUUUAACCAUUGUUUACAUUCAGCAUCACUACGUCAAGGGAAAUAUAGUAUUCUUUCUAACAAAGAUAUCUACAUAUAUUUCACAAUGUGGUUUAUCCCUGAAAAUGAUUAGAAUUCAUGUAAACAUAACGGUUUUGAAAACAUAGCCUUUCCACAAAAUAAAAAGUGGUUGGCUCAACUUACCCUGGGUAUGGGGAAAGUUGAGCAUAGGGACAGGGUAAGUCGAGCCGCCUUGGGGUAAGUGGGUGAUGGUGUCCUGUGACAGUGGUUGAUGGUGCUGUUAGGUCAAAGUUUAAUUCAUGGAAUGGGUAUACUGUAUAUCUUAAAUAUAGGUGUACAUUCAGAUAUAGAACUCUCUGUUCAAUAUCCCAUACCCUUUGUCUGGGACAGGGAUGUUGUUUUGAUGUGCCAAUUUGUAGGCUAGUUCUCUGCAUUUGAGGCUACUAAGCCCAUGAAACUGGUCCAAAAGAUUAUUGAUGUGUUUAGCAAGCUCAAACUCUAUGUCAUCAGAUAAGACCAUACAGUAUGUGCAUCUGCUACUCCGAUCAUAGCCUCUCUUUCGCACAGCUACAUGUUCAUUGUAUUUUUCUGUCAUUGUCUAUUUUUUUCAUCCCUUGCUGCUGCUUGAGAUGGACUUCUUCCCUUCUCUCAUUUCCUUGGCUGCUCGCUCAAGAACCUCUUUGGGGCUAGAACCCUGCUUGUUUUACGUUUGUAUACACGGGACAUGAUGCCUGCUCUGGAACAAUAGAAAUGCACUAUCUUGAGUUCAUAUGUUUAGACACAUUGCAAAAAUACUAUGCAUGUUAUGCAUAAAACUGACUAAAUGUAAUCAUUUGUAUGGGGUAUGGUGGCCAUUGGCUCAGCUUAACCCAUGGCCAUUGGCUCCACUAACCCCAAGGCAAACAAGAAUGCACAUUUGUGAAAGGUUUAGGACCUCAUAUUCAUCAGAUCCCAACUGAUGUAUAAAACAAUCAUAAAACGAUCUACUUUGCUUGAGAUACAAGCAUCAUGAAACUUAUAAACAAAAAAUGCAUUUACUUUGUGAAAAUCCGUUUUUUGGACCUGACUUGCUUGCCAAUUUUUCCAUUUGGGUUCUUCCUUCACAGACUCCAUGAAAUGAUGACCUCUUCCUAAAUAUUUGGUCACUUGAUUAAUUUGAUGUUUGCUUUCCUAGAAACAAGGGUUGGCUCAACGAACCUUUUUACUCAACUUACCCCACUCUCCCCUACCUCAAAGCUGCAAUAUGUAACUUUGUGGGUGACCAGACCAAAUUCACA